UAGCCACUCAACCACCUCCUUUCCUAACCACUCAACCACCUCCUUUCCUUACCACUCAUCUGAACACGAAGAACUCAAAAAACCAGAUGAUGGCCACGUCAGAGCGUGAUGUCAUCGACUUCCCUGCGUUGGAGCAGGAGCUGCAGGCGGCGGUGGAGUCUGAGCGGAGAUACCAGCGAGAGAACGAGGCUAAACUGAGGGCUGUCAGCCAGAGAGUGGCCUCCUACCAGGAGUUCAGAGACCUGGUCCUGACCUGUCACCUGAAACCUCUGGAGAAGAAAGACAAAGAAGGAGCUCCACGGAAACAGCCCUGGAACCCUGUUGCCCCGAGCACCCACUGAGGAACACAUUAACCUGCUUGACUUCUUGUUGCUUUCAUGAUUCCCCAGAUUAUUACAAGGUUUGCAAUGGUUGCAAUUCAACCCUCAGUGUUUGUGGAGAUACAUAGUUUUCAUUGAACAGGAAGUGCUGUGACACUUGACCACUCACAUAAAAAGUGGAACAUGUAUGAAAUGAAAAUGUGACUUGAAUAAAAGUAUGAAACCAGUGAGACAUGUGUUUAAAUCCACUGAAAAAUCU